GAAUUUUACUUGUAUUUUGGAUGUAGAGACUAUUGCUUUUCCGUGGCCAAAGUUAUGCAGUUUUGUCCUUUGUAGUUUGUGCUUUUUUGCAUAAUGCUUAAAAGUCUUUCCUAACCUUAAAAGCAAUCAUUUGUCAGUAUUUUAUUAUGUGGUUUCAUAUUUUUACACUUAACCUUUUAAUCAGUUUAGAUCUAUUUUGGUAUGUGGUGUGAAGUAGGAAUCUCACUAAGUGUUUUUUUCCAGGUAUUUAAGCAACAGUUCCAACAUGAUUUAUGAAUAAUCAAAUUUUUAUGAUUAGAAAUGCAAACUCUAUUACAUAUUCAAUUCUUCUAUUUAUUUCUCUAAUGGUAUUAGGAAUCUCUGAAAUCAAAAUCCAGAGUUAAACUUCCUUUUAAAUGUGUAAACUCACUGUUGAGGUUUUCCUAGCCACACUCCUGUGAUGAUUUUAUCUGUUACUCCCAAGAUUGCACUUACUCCCUUUAUGACAAAAACUCUGUAAGUUUUCAGCCCACACCUCUCUCCUCUAUUCCAGAUCCUUAUGCCUACUUUCUUUGUGGGUAUUUCAAAACUAAAUGUAUCUUCUUCCUCCCCAAACCUGUGUUCCCACACUCAGUAAAGGUCACUGUUGUCACUCAAGCCAAAAACCGGCAAAUCAUCCUUGACUUCUCCCUGUCCCUUAUACCUGCCCCCAAAUUCAUCCAAUCCUGUGGACUCUGUCUCUUAGGUGGUCCAGUCGCCUUAGUGGACUGCGGAAACGACCUCCCAAGGGGUCUUCCACCCUAUACCUUGGCUCCCCACCUUCUACCCCUUCUGCAGACUUUUUCUCUACACGUUGGACAGAAGGAUGUGUUUUUUUUUUUUUUUUUUUUUAAACAGCAGAUCUAAUCAUGUCACUUUUUUUUUCCAAACCCCUUUUAUGGCUUUCUGCUCGCUUUAGGGCAAAUUCCCUAAAAUGAUUUGCAGGAUUAUAUUUGAUCUGGCCUUUGCUUGCCUCAAGUUUCAUAUCUUAUAUGCUUAAUUAAUAUGCUUAAUACUUUGUGAUACUGGAUCUCUUUUAUUUUUCCAAAGUAUUGGGCUUGAUUCAUUUUGUAUAUUCUGUUUUAUUUCUCUGAUACAUUCUUUUCCCUCUUUAUCUAAUUCCUAUUUAUCUCUUUCAGAAAGGCUUUCUUUCUCAGACUAGAUUAGGUCCCCUCUGCUCUACAUCCCAUAGCACCCCAUAUUUCUACUUUUGUAAUUUGCAUAUUUGUAAUUACUGGUUUAGUGUCUUUGCCUAGCUGUGCUGUAAGCUCUGGGCAGGUAGGGGCAUGUCUGACUUUUUCUCCACUGUCUACCUCUGAUUAUACCCAAACCACACUGUACCACAUGAGUCGCUGUAGGAUUGCGCAGUGGGUCCCCUUUAUGCUCCUCCUAAGGAAGAGGAUUAGGAAAUCCCAGACAGGAUCCUCUUAAACCUUUAAAACUCAACACAGAGGCACAGACCUUGAUCAGGACCAGCCUUGUUAUGUACUUCAGCAGAUUCAUCCUAUUCUUUCCUGCCUCCUAAGCUCUUGAUUAUGGUAAAACCAUCUCUCUGUCUUUGUUUCCUUGAAAUAAUGCUGCCAAUUCUACUUCUCACUUCAGGAUUAUAUGGAGAGAUAUUUUUGGAUGAACAGUUGUGAUUUUGACGUUCCAAACACCAGAAACUCUCUGUGCUAUUUUUGCAAAUCUUUUGGCUCCCAGUUUUCCACCCUUGAAGUGUUUUACAAUCAAAGCAAAGAGAAGAUUUGUGGAUGUUGAAUAUGCAUGGAGCUGAAGAGAGAGAGAUUGGAAGAGAGAUUUGUCCAGGUUGGGUGAACAAGACUACUUCAGAGCAGGAUGUCUCUGUAAUUGAUUCACCAGGGAUGGUAGCAAAGAGACUCCAAGAGGAUGAAUACCAGGAUUCUGCAUUCGAAGAAGCAUAUGGAUGUGAGAGCAUGAAGGGAAACUCUCCCCGAGAGUUUCCUGGGCCAGGCCUUUUCCAGGAAGGAGGUUUUGGGGAAAUAACUUUCAUCCACAAAGAAGCCCCUCCUGAGAUGUUUAGCCAAGAAUAUCAUUUUGAAAAAAGCUUGCUUUUGACCUCAAGCCUUGUUAAACAUCUCAGGGUUUCUACGGAAGAGAGCUUACAUCAGUGGGAGACAAGUAGCAUACACACCAAUGAGAUUUCAGACCAGGGUAAAUGUCCAGCCCUUUCCACACAGAAAAAGUCUUGGAAAUGUAACGAAUGUGGAAAAACUUUUACUCAGAGCUCAUCUCUUACCCAACAUCAGAGAACUCAUACUGGAGAGAGACCCUAUGCAUGUGAGGAAUGUGGGAAAGCCUUUAGUCGUAGUUCAUUUCUUGUUCAACAUCAAAGAAUUCACACUGGAGUGAAACCAUAUGGAUGUGAGCAAUGUGGGAAAACAUUUCGAUGUCGAUCGUUUCUCACUCAGCAUCAGAGAAUCCACACUGGAGAGAAACCUUAUAAAUGUAAUGAGUGUGGGAAUUCUUUCCGCAAUCAUUCACAUCUCACUGAACAUCAGAGGAUUCACACUGGAGAGAAACCUUAUAAAUGUAAUAGGUGUGGGAAGGCAUUCAAUCAGAACACACACCUCAUUCAUCAUCAGAGGAUUCACACUGGUGAGAAACCUUACUUAUGCAAUGAAUGUGGCUCUUCUUUUCGCAAACACUCAAAUCUUACACAGCAUCAGAGAAUCCACUCUGGGGAAAAACCCCAUAAAUGUGAUGAAUGUGGGAAAACUUUCCAAACAAAGGCAAACCUGUCUCAGCAUCAGAGAAUUCAUACUGGAGAGAAACCCUAUAAAUGUAAGGAAUGUGGCAAGGCUUUUUGUCAGAGCCCCUCCCUUAUUAAACACCAGCGAAUUCAUACUGGAGAGAAACCCUAUAAAUGUAAGGAAUGUGGCAAAGCUUUUACUCAGAGCACUCCCCUCACUAAGCAUCAGAGAAUUCAUACAGGGGAGAGACCCUACAAAUGCAGUGAAUGUGGCAAAGCCUUCAUUCAGAGCAUUUGCCUUAUUCGGCAUCAGAGAAGUCACACUGGAGAAAAACCCUAUAAAUGCACUGAAUGUGGGAAGGGCUUUAAUCAGAAUACCUGCCUCACUCAGCAUAUGAGAAUUCAUACUGGAGAGAAGCCCUAUAAAUGUAAAGAGUGUGGGAAAGCCUUUGCUCAUAGCUCAUCUCUCACUGAACAUCAUAGAACUCACACUGGUGAGAAGCUCUAUAAAUGUAGUGAGUGUGAGAAAACCUUCCGCAAGUAUGCACACCUUAGUGAACAUUACAGGAUUCACACUGGUGAGAAGCCUUAUGAAUGCAUUGAAUGUGGAAAUGAAUGUGGAAAAUUCUUUACUCAGAGAUCAUCCCUUAUCCAGCAUCAGAGGAUUCACACAGGAGAAAAGCCCUAUGUGUGUAGUGAAUGUGGAACUUGUUUCUGUAAACGGUCAAAUCUUACUCAACAUCUGAGGAUUCAUACGGGAGAGAAACCUUAUAAAUGUAAUGAAUGUGAGAAAGCCUUUCAAACAAAAGCAGUCCUUGUUCAGCAUCUGAGAAUUCAUACUGGAGAAAAACCCUAUAAAUGCAAUGAAUGUGGCAAGGCCUUUUGUCAGAGUCCAUCCCUUAUUAAACACCUGCGAAUUCAUACUGGAGAGAAACCCUAUAAAUGCACUGAAUGUGGCAAGGCCUUCAGUCAGAGCAUAUGCCUUAUGCGUCAUCAGAGAAGUCAUUCUGGAGAUAAACCUUAUAAGUGCAAAGAAUGUGGGAAAGCCUUCAAUCAGAGUGCAUGCCUCAUGCAGCAUCAGAGAAUCCAUUCGGGAGAGAAGCCCUACACGUGUACUGAAUGUGGAAAAGCCUUCACUCAGAACUCUUCGCUUGUUGAACAUGAGAGAACUCACACUGGAGAGAAACUUUAUAAGUGUAGUGAGUGUGAAAAAACUUUCCGCAAGCAAGCACACCUUAGUGAACAUUACAGAAUUCAUACUGGAGAAAAACCUUAUGAAUGUGUUGAAUGUGAGAAAUCCUUUAGGCACAGUUCAGCGCUUGUUCGGCAUCAGAGGCUUCAUGCUGGACAAUAAAACUUGGGACAUGACCAGUGUGUUAAGUUUAAGACUUAAUCUUAAUUUUCAGCUGGUAUGAAUGUUUUGUAUGUUGAACAAGAGGCACUGUAUCCUAAAAGCUAAGAAAAUAGACUCAGAACUAAAUAGCCUUGAGUUUGAUGCCUUGUCUGUCACUUAAUGGGUGUGUGACCUUAUCCUCUCUGAUCCUCGGUCCACCUCCCCCAGACAAUAAUGAGGAUACUUACUAGGGUUGUCUUGAGAAUAAAAUGAGUAUGUAAUAAAACCCGCCAUUAAUUGGUUUUGAGAUAUACAUGUUCUGGAAGUUUAUAAAUCUGGGUGUUGAAAAUAAGUAGAGUUCAGCAUUAGUUUUUUUGUUGUUGUUGUUCUCCUAAUGUGUUUUUCCUUAAGAACAUUCUUGGAAUGUACAUUAUUGGAUUUAAUUUCACUUCAAGCUCUACCCUUCUCUUUGCCAUGAAGAGGGGAGACUUGCUGAAACUAACUGAAUUAAAAACUCCCAUUGCAGGACUUUUGUGUGUGUUUGGGGGCUGGUGGUGAGGAGAAGGCACAUGAGAAUAGAGAGGGGUGGAAGAGAGAAGAGAAUAUAAGCACGUUGAGGAGGAUGUGGCUUGACUUGUCUUAAACACUAAACUAUUACGGGAAGGAGAAAGUAGGAGACAUUGAAUUCUCAGGUGCCGCCAGCAGGUGGUGCACUGAGCAACAACUAGCUGCCUUUCAAAGGAAGGUGAGAACAGUGUCGGGGAUGUGUAUGGGUUGGGGGUACCUCACUUACAACAAAGAAUGGCUUGUUAAAGCUCUAAAGAAGCAAAGAAAUCAAAGGAUACUUUUGAUGGUGCUUCCUGCAAUGCUAAUCAACUAUUUAAUGUAAACAAGCACAUCUAACACUAACAGUACCUUUGUAGGAAGGUCGGAGCUAUAUUCCACAUUCGAAAGUCAAAGAAAAAGAGAGAAAAUACUUAGACUUGCUCAAAGUCAAACAGGUAAUGUCAGAAUUGAAUCUCAAUCGGAAUUCUGUUUUUAUAGUACCAAACUCACAUACAGGUAAUUUUCCAUCAUUGAACCUUUCCAUUAAA